AUGUCUUUAGGUAGUCGCAAAAAUGAUGAAUGUAAUUUAGAAGCAAGUAAAGAAAAUAAUAAUAAAAAUAAUAAUAGUAAUAAAAAUAAAAAUAAUAGUAAUAACAAUAAAAAUAAUAGUAAUAACAAUAAAAAUAAUAGUAAUAAUAAUAAAUAUAAUAAUGAUGAUGAAAAUAAUAAAAAUGAAUUGUUACAUAAUGAAAAAAACAAAACAACUUUUUGUUCAUCAGACAAUGAUGAAAUGAUUAGCUGUUCCUUAGAUAAAGAGAAUAGUAACAAUUAUGAAAAUUUAUUAUCUUAUAAGAACAGCAAUUCGAAAAAUGAGCAGUCUUAUAAUGGCAAUUAUCCCACUAUGAAUAAUAAAGAUGAAAAUAAUCUUCAGUUUAAAGAAGUCAAUCCACAAAAUGAUAAUAAAUUAAGUUAUAACAUUUUUGAGGAGAACUUUUUAAAAGUUAGAAAAGAUAAAAACAAAAAUAUAAUUUCCAAAGAGGUGCAUGAGGAUGAAGAAGUCAUCGAAUAUAAAGAAGUAAACGAAGAAGUAAAGGAAGAGGUAGACGAAGAAGUUAAAGUUAACCAAAAAGUUCAACAAGAUGUAAACGAAGGAGUAAAGGAAGAAGUUAACGAAGAAGUUAAAGUUAACCAAAAAGUUCAACAAGAUGUAAACGAAGGAGAAAAGGAAGAAGUUAACGAAGAAGUUAAAGUUAACCAAAAAGUUCAACAAGAUGUAAACGAAGGAGUAAAGGAAGAAGUUAACGAAGAAGUUAAAGUUAACCAAAAAGUUCAAGAAGACGUAAACGAAGUAGACGAAAUAAAAACAGUUUUAACUCAAAAUGAAAUGGGUAAAGAAACCGAAAAGGAAAUACAGGAUGAAGGAAUGGAUCAAAGACAAACAGAAGAGAAAAUAAAAAUGAAAAGAGAAACAGGAAAACAGGUAGGUGAUGAAGAUGUAUCACAACAAAAUGAGGUUAAUAUGCAAUCACAAGCAGAAGUGUUGAAGAAUGUAGUACCUAAUGAAGAAAUGGGAAUUAUGUUUAAUGUUUACCAUAUAGGUAUUAAUAAAAUAGAGGCAAUCAAAGCUUUGUAUAGAGAUUACAAAAAAAAUUUUAACAAAAGUUUCAAAGAGAAAAUGAACAAGUUAAAUUCUUUCAUCUAUUUUUAUAAUGAUAAUAACUUAGGAAAUCAUAUUACUGUUGAUUAUAUAAAUGAUAAAGAUAAAAUAAAUGCAAUUAAAAGGGAAAGAUUAUCCCGUUUGUUUUUGUACAUUGAGGACAUAAAUAAAUUAAAACAAGCAUUAAAAGUUAAUCAACAACAUAAUAACAUGGAAUUAGAGGAUGAUGGAAAGAAAGAACAUUUUUACGAUGCAAAUGAAAAUAUUGAUGACUUUUUCAUUUUUGAUCACCCCUUAUCAUAUUUAAAUAAUGAUGUAGAAACAAUUUUUACAGAAUGUGAAAAUUCGUCAUUUUUUAGAGAUGAUGCAAGUAUUGAUAAUUUCCUAGAAGAAGGGAAGAACAAAUCAAGUGAAGAAUUUAAUAUGUCCAAUAUAUUUGCAAAAUUUUCUUUAAAAAAUUAUUACUUUUUUGAUAUUAAUAAAAAUUUGUGUUAUAUUUACGACUGCACUCCUAUGGUAAUUAAAAAAUUUGCGGAAAAAAUAAAUUCUUACAACAUAGGUAAAAAUAGCAAUAAAGAUCUAAAUAGUACAACAUCAGAUAAUAUAAGUUUUCCGAUAGAUCCCCAAAGCAAUGAUAAUUCUAACUACUAUCCCAGUCAUCCUCUUACAACUAGUCAAAACUUAGAAACAUAUAUUCAGUUUCAUUGUGAAAAAUGGCAGGAAAAUAUGUAUGACAUUGUUGAAGUAAAUAGUCUUGAAUUCGAUUUUCAUCGCCUAAAAUGCAGUAUAAUGUAA